AUGUGUGCCUCGCUAGUCGCUAUAACCUUUGGACUAAAAUAUGAGGGGGGAAAUGAAAAGUCGGUUUUCGAAAGGCUGGAGUUUUUGCUGACGAGUGAGGAGGCAGGUUUGCGGCCAGACGUUGAGAUAGAAGUGAAAGGGCUACAAUAUGAUCUCAAAUUGAUGCAGGCUUUCCUCACCCGCAGCCGCAGCAGCUAUAUAUUUGAAAGGAAUGAUUUGAGAUCUAAACUGAUGAAGAUUGCCAACGGAACCGAAGACAUCAUCAAUACCUUCUGCAGAGGAAAUAGUAGAGCGAUGAUGGGAUAUCGAUACUAUGGUACCCUCACAGCCGCAGAUCAAGCCCUCCACGUCAGGCUUUUCUGCAAAGAGCUCUCGUUCAUCCGAGACAGGCUGAAAAGGUGCAAAUCUCGAUAUGGGGUUGUGGGGGUGGAGAACCCAAUCAUGAUAUCCGAACAUGUUGGAGGGCAGCAGAUAUUGCCUUUUUGGGAAGGAGUUGUGCUGGGGUUGGAGGAAGACGUGCAAUUGCUGCUUCGCAAUGUGAUUUUCAAUGAGGCACCAGGACUUUAUACUUGCUGUAUCACCGGCAUGGCUGGUAUCGGAAAGACAACUCUCGCUAGAGAGUUAUACCAUCAUCCUUCCAUGGAUGUAUUUGAUCGCCGUGCUUGGGUACGUGUUUCUAACAAAUCCAGUCAAGAGGAGAUACUCAGAGAACUAAUACGAGAGCUGCAAAGCUUUGGAAAAGACCGAUUCAUAGAUUGGUACCGUAUUGAUAGCAUGAACCUGGAAGGCCUCCAGCACAGGCUUUACAAAGAAGUGCAGGGAAGACGAUGUUUCAUAGUUCUCGAUGAUAUCGGGGAAGUCGCAGGCUGGGAACCUGUCUUGGGAGUUCUUUCUCGCGAAGACAAAGGAACUAGAUUGCUGCUCACAAGUCGCACUCGGAUUUCCGUAAUGCACGCACAAUAUAUUCACGUGAUGAAAUUUCUGAAUCCUGAUCAGAGUUGGCAAUUGUUCUUGAAGAUAGUAUUCUCUGGAUAUGGUAGUAACUUCAAAUGCCCUGACCACUUGAAGUUUGUUGGUGGAAAGAUCUUAACGAGGUGUAACGGUCUACCAUUAGCAAUAAAAGAGGCAGGAUGGCGUCUUGCGAUAAAGAGUCACUCUGAGAGUGAAUGGGAAGAAUUUCUAAAAUCAAUGGAUUGGAGUAUAACAUCAGCUGUAUUGGAGUCGAGUUUGCACAAAUUGCCUUUAGAAAUAAAGUCAUGUUUCUUGAGUUUGGCCUUCUUCAAGGAAGGCACAACAUUCAGGGUGGAAAAGUUGGUACAAAUUUGGACUAGGGCAGGAAUAAUCUCGGAGGAAGAAGGAAGGUAUGAAACAGCGGAGCAGAUUGCAAGAAGAUACAUAUAUAGAUUGAUGAUUGAAUACAUGGUUGUUAUCAAGGACAUGACGAAAGAUUAUCGAGUGAAAAACAUUUACAUCAAUGACAAUCUUCACAGGUUAUCCGUUGAAAAAGCAAAGGAGGUUAUAGGUUUUGAGAUUUUAAGGAAUGGUGGACAUAGUCAACGCUCACGCCGUCAUUGUGCUAUCUGUUGCAGCAGAGAGAAGUUCGAUUACUUCACAUAUGAAGAUAAACAUCUUCUCUCUCUUUUCUUCCGCGGAGGUUGCAACUCUGGUAUUAGUUUGUAUCACUGGGAGAAGUUCGAGCAACUUAAGAUACUUGACUUGGAAGGUUUCGGCCUCAAGGUUUUACCAGAAUCUAUUGGCAGACUGAUCGAACUAAGAUACUUGGGAUUGAGAAACAAUUAUCUGCAAGAGCUCCCGGAAUCAUUGGUCCGCCUGGAAAACCUCGAAGUUCUUGAUAUAGCUCUAAAUUUUAUGGUGGAGGUACCCAUUUUUAUAACGACUAUGCGUAGCCUUCGUCAUCUCUACAUGUCUGACAUUAUAUUCUCGAGUGAUUUUGAGAUUGAUCAACUUGAGAAUAUAGAGACUUUGACCUUCUUCCCGGUUGGUAAUCGGAAAUAUCUAUUAAGAAGCAUGCCAAGGAUAACUAGACUACGCAAAUUGGGCAUCCAAGAGAUGGAUGAUGAGAACUUAAUUGUAAGCGAUCUCUUUGAUAAAUUGGAAGACUUGAAGAAUCUCUAUUGCCUUAUCUUGAGAGGGUCUCGUUACAGAAGCAUGCCUGGAUUCAGGCUUGCUUCACUACACAGUCUCACUCAACUCAAGCUUGAUGGACUCCUUACCAGGUUACCAUUCGAUCAUUUCCCUCCAAAUAUUUCUUAUGUGACCUUGGUUGAUACGUGUCUUAAUGUAGACCCCAUGCCAAUCCUUGGGAUUUUGCCCAAAUUAUUCUACCUCAAAUUGCGGAAUGCAUACACCGGUCGGAAAAUGGUUAUCUAUACCCGAAGUUUCCCCAAGCUUGGGGCCCUGCUCAUCGGAGAGUUAUGGCAUCUGAGAAAAUUAAAAGUUCAAAGAGGUGCAAUGCCGAUGCUCGAGCGGUUAGAAAUCAACAGUUGCCCGUAUCUGGAGACCCUGCCGGCAGAGAUUUUUAGGACUAAUCUCCAGGAGUUGAAAAUGGUGACAACAAAAAAGAUUGCAAGAAAGAUACGGGAGUCAGGCUUAAUCUCCAGAAUACAGCUUGUGGAUAUCAAGCCAUAG